GCGUCUGUGCGGGCCCGGGAGCGGCGGCAGCGGCCGGAGCCCGGUGAGGCGGCGGCGGAGCUCGGAGGCGGCCCCAGCGCAGGAUUUUUCAUUCCCAAGGAGUGGCCGGAUGGAGGAGGAGGAAAAGCCCCGGAGAUGCCUCACGAGGAGGGGCUGCAAAGCCAGCGCAGGGAGCUGCGAGGAGGAAAGACCCCCCCUGUGCCAGGAGGGCGGCCAGAGAUGCAGCCAGAGCUCCGAGCUGGUGGAGAAGCCUCAUGGAGGGGAGAAGCCCCACAAGUGCUUGGAAUGUGGGAAGGGUUUCAACUGGAGAUCCCAUCUGAUCCGGCACCAGAUGAUCCACACUGGGGAACGGCCCCAUGAGUGUGGGGAAUGUGGGAUGAGAUUCAGCCACAGUUUCAGACUGAUCCAGCACAAGAGGAUCCACACUGGGGAAAAGCCCUACGAGUGUGGGGAGUGUGGGAAAAGCUUCAGAGCAAGCUCAGCCCUGACCCGGCACCAGGUGAUCCACACUGGGGAAGGGCUCUGCACCUGCUUGGAAUGUGGGAAGAGCUUUGGAUCAAGCUCCAACCUGAGGAAACACCAGCGCAUCCACACCGGGGAGAGGCCCUACGAGUGUCCUGAGUGUGGGAAGAGGUUUCAAACCAGCUCUGAUCUCCUCAUACAUCAGCGGAGUCACACGGAGGAGAGGCCCUUCCGCUGCCCCGACUGUGGGAAGGGCUUCAAGCAUAACUCACACCUCACUGUCCACCAGCGCAUCCACACCGGGGAGAGGCCCUAUGAGUGCCCUGAGUGUGGGAAGAGGUUUCACACCAGCUCCACUCUCCUCCUACAUCAGCAGAUUCACACAGAGGAGAGGCCCUUCCGCUGCUUCGACUGCGGGAAGGGCUUCAAGCGCAACUCAAUCCUCACUGUCCACAAGCGCAUCCACACCGGGGAGAGGCCCUACGAGUGUCCUGAGUGUGGGAAGAGCUUCUCACAGAGCUCUCACUUGACCCAACACCAACAGAGGCACCACUAAGGGAAGCCCUGCGAGUGCCCUGAGAGUGGGAAGAGCUUCGUGCGCUGCUCCAGCUCCAUCCCCCGUGGGAGGAUCGGCUUUGGAUGAUCCCCAGUGACCCCCGUUGGGAAGAGCCUUGGUGAUCCGUGGUCCUGGUCAUCCGUGUUGGGAAGACACCUGGCUGGGAUGCUCCACAUCUUCCUGGCUCCCCGUGGGCACCUGGAUCAAUGCAGGGGUAGGAACAUCCAUUGGGACACAGACCGACAUUGGGAAUUCCUUGGGCAGAAUGGAUUUGUUGACUUUCAACCCCAGAAAAUCUUUUGUGUUCAGUCCUAUCAUCUGGUGGCAUCAAGGAGUGCUGGAUGGUCUUGGAGAUCUUUACAAACCUCAGGGAUUCCACAAUUUUUAUUUCCUGUUGCCAAAGGUAGUCUUCCACAACCAAAUUGUGAUGGUCUGGGGCCAAGACCAAGAUAUUGGAGACUGUAGAGUGGAACCCCCUCCAAAAAAGAUUCUUCCCUCCCAUCCAAGCACGUGGAUCCUCAGCUGGCACAGAAAAAAAAAAAUUGUUUUCUUUUGGUCUCAAUUUCCUUUUGAUUUCUCUUCAUCCCUUUAAAAUAUCCAAUGCUGGGGUAAAAAUGAAGACAUUGAACUGGGACAUGGGUGAGGACAUGGGGGACAUAGACAUGGUGGGACAUAGACAUGGAGAGUGACAUGGGGACACAUGGACAUGGACAGGGAUGUGGCCAUUCAUGGGGACAUGAGGGGAAAUGGGCACAGAUGGAGAUGUGGGGGACAAUGACAGGGAUGGAUUUGUGGUGGGGAGACAGCCAUGGGUGAGGACAUGGUGGGACAUGGCCAGUGACAUGUGGGGACAUGGCCAUGGCCGGUGCCAUGGGGGGAACUUGCAGGGGCUGUGGGGGAUGCUGGGUUUGAGGGAGUUGAGGGUUCCUGGGAGGGACUUGGGGCUUGCUGAGGGCUUUGGGGACCCCAGAGCUGGAAGACCCUGGCAGAGGUUGUGGGGCAGCUGCUCAAGGACCCCCUGAGCUGGACCCCCAGCCGGGCAUUGGGCUCCUGGAAGGGAAUGAAGGUCCUUGUCCCCAGGAGGGAAAUCCCAGCAUCCCCAGGGUAUUGGGGGCAGCUGAGAGGCCACAGCAAGGAGAGGAAAGCCAAACAGAGCUGUCCCCCUCUAGAACUGCACCCUAAUGCUGCCUCCGCUGAGGCGUAGCGACCUGAUUCGGGAAUGACACGGCAGCCACAGCCAGGCUGCUCGGGCCAUCAGCUCACAGACACCAAUGUGGUCGACGGAAAUGGCGUUUAUUAACUGAUUACAUGGAGUUAUAAAACCUCUGUUUGCUACAUCACAUCCAUCUGCUUACGUUACAAGUUACCUGUUGCUUACCUUAUCAAGGACGCUAAACAACUAAGUGUUGAGGGAGGGGUUCUGUCUGCCCGUACAAUGCGAUAUCUUCCGACCGCCUGUCCCUAAUCUCCCA